AUGACUAAUCAUGGCUAUCUCCCCCAUAAUGGCUCAGCAACCAUCCAGGACUUCAUCACGGGUACGAUAAAGGCAUUCGGCAUGGGCCUUGACUUGGCUACUUUCCUUGCUGUCUACGGAGCGGUAUUCGAUGGCGACCUAUUGUCCUACUCGAUUGGGGGCCAGGUUUCGACCUUACUCAGUGGUCUCCUCGGCGAACCGCAAGGCCUCUCUGGCUCGCAUAAUAACGGCAACAAAUUGCCUCAAGUGUCCCAGUUCAUAGCUCUCUACGAGCUGGGCCAAGACAACGGCGAUUCAACCGAUCUAGAUGUCUUGACGCGACACCGCGUACAGCGGUUCAACGUGUCCAUAUCUCAAAAUCCAUACUACUUCUCAGCGCCGUUCAGUGGGCUCAUCAUCAACAGCGCGGCAUACACGUUCGUCUACCGGUUCAUGGCCAACAAGACGGCAGAGAACCCACAAGGGAUACUAAACGGCGAGACGCUCAAGUUAUUUUACGCCGUAUCGGGGGACUAUCCUGACUUCACGAUCACGCCGGGCCACGAGCGCUUCCCGGACAACUGGUACAAGCGGAACCCGCUCGACUACUACACCAUCCCGUACCUCGCGGCCGAUGCGCUGGCCAUGCAGUUGCAGCAUCCUCAGUUCCUCUCGGUCGGAGGCAACACGGGCAAAGUGAAUUCAUUUGUCGGCUUGGACCCGGCAACCCUAAGAGACGGCGUCUUCAACGCGCAAAAUCUGCUUGAGGGCAACAACGCUUUCUGUUUCGGUCUGGUGGCUGCUCUGCAGAUGGCGCCUGAUAUCCUGUCUGGCCUAUUCAGCGACAUCACCGUGGCGCUGGGCUUGUUGUUUUCAGCUGUCGGCAAUGCGACGGAGGGGUUGAGUUGUCCUCAGCUGAAGAGUAUUGAUAAAGGGCAGUUUUCACAGUUCCCUGGGUACACGGGGUUGAAGCCGGACGCAGAAUAUAGGGCUUAA